AUGAUUCCUAGACCCAUCACUCGACAUAUACCAUCAAUAUUCCUACGUCAUCCUAUCCGAUCCAUCUUAUUCUUCCUGACAUUCAUCGGUCUUCUCAUCUUAUCUACCAACAAACCAGAUCCGACAAGUAACAAAUUCCAAUUCCCUUCAUUAUUUCCUUCUCGUUACCCUCCUCCAACUAGUUCUUCACUCUUGACCAACCGAGUUUUGUCAAAAUUACCACUUUCUUUCCGACAACAUUGUCCUAGACAAGCAUAUGAUCCAGUUUAUCCUUCUCCCGCUCUCACAUCUUCACAGGAACGACGCUAUGACCAUCUUCGUAAACCCUACAUACCAGGUCGAACAACCUCCAAAUACAUGUUCGUCACUCUCACCAGAGAGAUACAAUCUCAAUUACCGGAUUUACUCAACACUUUAGUUUUACUCACUUCAUUCCUUGGUCCGGAUAGAGUUUCAUUCUCCAUACUCGAAGGACCUUCCGAUGAUUGUACACCUCAAGUGUUGGAGGAAGUCCUUUCAGCAACUUUGUUAGAAAUGGGAGUUCCGAGAAAGGAGAUACAUCUAAAAACGAGGGAAGAGAAGAUUGAUUUCACCAAUGUGAACAGGAUAGAAACUCUGGCGGGAUUAAGAAACAGAGCUCUGGGACCACUUUUUGAGGAAAAAGUGGAAGAUGUGGUGGCGGUGGUCUUCUUCAAUGACGUCUUUCUGAGAGUGGCGGAUGUAUUGGAGAUUCUACAUCAACAUGUCAAGGCGGGUGAAGAAAGUGGUUUGGAAAGUGGGAUAACAGCAGCGAUGGAUUACUGGCAGAAACGUCCGGAGUAUUAUUAUGAUAUCUGGGUGGGACGGACUUACGACACAGGUGAUCUAUUCUACCCCAUCUCCAACCCUUGGUGGUCCCCAUCUUCCGACCUCUUUCACAAUACCACUUCCAAAUCAGCAUAUCAAACCCUUCAACCAUUCCCAGUGUUCUCAUCAUGGAACGGACUCGUUGCCAUGUCUCCCAUACCUCUUCUCCAAGGGGUCCGUUUCAGACGAGGUGACAAGGAAAAAGAAGAAUGUGCAGCUAGUGAAUGUACUCUGAUAGCUUGUGAUUAUUGGAAAUUCGGUUGGGGAAGAGUACAGGUGGUUCCUUCUGUUCAGUUGGCAUAUGAGAAAAAAGUGGCGUUGGAGAUCAGGGAAGAUCUUCAAAAACAACAAGAUUCUCUAGGAUGGACUGACGGUGUGCCUCCCCGGCAAUUAGAUACUGUUGUUCAAUGGCCGGACGGACCCCCGAAACAAGUUCGAUGUCAUCCAUGGCCGGAGAUCAAUGGACUCAAUGCGAAUGUAUGGGAACAGACCAAAUGGGUGGAUCCUUGGGUUUGA